GACCGGCAGGAAUAAAUAGGGGGCCGCAGGCGGGCAGGGCUCGGCCCGGCUCUCAGCGCCCAGUGACACUUGGGGUGCAGGUGGCGGCUGUGCGAGAGCUUCAUUCCCAGGAAGGUGAGCGUGGUGGGUGAUGGGAUGGAUGAAGCCGAGCAGAACCAGUACGAAGCCCGUCUCAAGGAGCUCUUUGACAGCUUUGACAGCACAGGCACUGGAUCCCUUGGGCAGGAGGAGCUGACCGAUCUGUGUCACGUGUUACAUCUGGAGGAAGUGGCUCCUGGAGCGCUGCAACAGACGCUUCUGCAAGGCAACCUUCUUGGCAGGGUCCACUUUGACCAGUUUAAAGAAGCGCUGAUCCUUAUCUUAUCCCGAACCUUAUCGAACGAGGACGACUUCCAAGAACCAGAUUCUUCACCAGAAGCCCAGCCCAAAUACAUCAAAGGUGGGAAACGCUAUGGCAGGCGGUCCCUGCCGGAGUUUCAGGAAUCCGUGGAAGAAUUUGCCGAGGUGACUGUGAUUGAGCCUCUCAGUGAAGCAGCCCGGAGUUCACACAUCGCUUCCAAUGACUGCGAUGAGCACUGGAAAACCCAGGACAGCGAGGAAUAUGAAGCAGAAGGCCAGUUGAGAUUUUGGAAUCCAGAUGACUUGAAUGCAUCACAGACUGCAUCGUCCCCUCCCCAGGACUGGAUAGAAGAGAAGCUGCAGGAGGUUUGUGAGAAUCUAGGGAUCACCAGAGAUGGCCACUUGAACAGGAAAAAGCUGAUCUCCGUUUGUGAGCAGUACGGGCUGCAGACUGUGGAUGGCGAGGUGCUUGAAGAGGUGUUCCAUAAUCUUGAACAAGAUGGCACAAUGAGCAUAGAGGACUUUUUCUAUGGCUUAUUUAAAAAUGGAAAAUCUCUUACGCCAUCAGCUUCUACCCCAUACAGACAACUCAAACGGCACCUCUCCAUGCAGUCCUUUGAUGAAAGUGGGAGACGCACCACUGCCCUGUCCGCGAUGACUAGCACGAUUGGGUUCAGAGUCUUCUCCAGCCUCGAUGACGGGCUGGGCUAUGCCUCUGUGGAGCGAGUUCUUGACACGUGGCAUGAAGAGGGAAUCGAGAAUGGCCAUGAAAUCCUCACGGCCUUGGAUUUUAGCCUGGAUGGGAAGGUCAACCUGACGGAGCUGACUCUGGCGUUAGAAAAUGAGCUCCUGAUAACCAAGAAUGGAACCCAUCAGGCCGCCUUGGCCAGCUUCAAAAUGGAGAUCAGACAUUUACUGGAGCGAGUUGACCAAGUGGUGAGAGAAAAAGAGAAGCUGCGCUCAGAUUUGGAAAAAGCUGAAAAACUGAAAUCUCUCAUGGCCUCGGAAGUUGACGACCACCACGCUACCAUAGAGCGCCGGAAUGAAUACAACCUCAGGAAGCUGGAUGAGGAGUACAAAGAACGCACUGCAGCUUUAAAGAACGAACUCCGGAAGGAGCGAGAGCUGAUCCUGCAGCAGGCUGGCAAACAGCGAUUGGAGCUGGAGCGGGAGAUUGAGAAGGUGAAAACGGAAGAGAACUAUGUCCGCGACCGGCUCACCCUUUCCCUAAAGGAAAACAGCCGUUUAGAGAGCGAGCUGUUGGAGACUGGACAGAAGCUGGCAGAGUACGAGAGCCUGACGAGCAAACUGCAAAGGAACUUGGAAAAUGUCUUGGCCGAGAAGUUCGGCGACCUUGAUCCCAGCAGUGCCGAGUUUUUCCUGCAGGAGGAGAGAUUGGUACAAAUGAAAAACGAGUAUGAACAGCAGUGCAGGGAGAUGCAAGACCAGAUCGAUGAACUCCAGUCUGAGCUGGAAGAGUAUCGUACUCAAGGCAGAAUAUUUAGGCCUUCUUUGGAAAGCUCGCUGCAUGAGGAGUUUGACAUUAAAAAUGGGGGAAGUGGUGGUGUGGAGCCAGAUCAAGGGCUUGGUUCUGAAGAUUGCAAUCCACUAAAUAUGAGCAUAGAAGCAGAAAUGGUCAUUGAACGAAUGAAGGACCAACACCACAAGGAGCUACAACAUCUGAAACAGGAGCUCAAAGACACAAUGAGCCAUUAUGAAAAACUAGUUGAGACUAAGGCUCAUUGUGAAAAGGAGCAAGAAAAUGUGGCAAAGAAAUAUAAUGCAGAGAGGCAAACCAUGGAAAAGCAAAUAAGUGCCCUUAAAACCCAAAUUGAAGCACUCCAGGGAGAGAGAGUGAUGCUCAAAGAGGAACGAGAAAGGAUUGAGUGUAAACGUAAUGAGGAGAGAAACGACUUACAGAUGAGCUUUGAUAAGGAAAAGGCUAAUCUCCAAGAACUGCUGAAGCUAGGACAUGAGGAAGAGCUCCGGGUUAGGCUGGAGCAGGUACAAGAGAGCUUUAACCGAGAGCGGGAGGAGCUGGUUCAGAGCGGUAUUUGGAUGGAAGAAAAGAUGAGAGCUCUGGUGCAGACCCUGCAAGAAGAAAAGGGGGAGGUAGAACGUGGUUUCCAUGAGCAGCUGAAAAGCCUGACAGAAAAGCAUGCUGUUGAGAUGGAAGAGCUACAACACAAAUUGCUGGAAAAACACCAACAGAAACUCCAAGAAGAAAGGAAAAAAAUGGAAACUGAGUAUAACAGAAGAACAUCUCAAACAGAAACUCAGUUUUCUGUCAACAGACAAACAAUUGUGAACAAGUAUGAAGAAGCACUACGAAAUCUUGAAGAACGCUACCAACGAGAACUGCAAGAACUCGCCGAACAACAAUGUGAGGAGAAAUCUCAGUGGGAAUUUGAAAAGGAUGAAAUCAUCCAGGAAUGCGCUGAAGCCCAAGAGCAACUGAAGGAAAUGCUGGAGAGCAAAAAGGCCAUUUCUUUUGUCCUAACACAGGAGAAAGAACUCCUAGAGAAGAAUUUCAAAGAGCAUGUGAACAAGUUGAUGUGUGAAAAGGAACAGCUCCAGAAAGAGCUGCAGGACCUGAGAAAUGCUGCUGAAAAACAAGAGGAGGAGUUGCAUAAUAAAAUAUUGCAGCAGCAAAAUGAUCAUGAAAAAGAGCUAAAAGACAGAGAAGAACAAAUGUCUGUGGUAGAGGGAAAAAGGAAGCUGGUUAGCCAAAGGCUUGAAGUGCUUGAGACUGCAUAUGAACAAGAGAAAUGCAAACUGAAUUCCAAACUUCUUGCUUUAGAGGGUUUAAACAAAGAGACCCAUGAAAGAGCAGAAAAAGAGAAGGCACAGAUGAGUUUGGAAAUCGUAAAGCUUCAAGAAAAAAUAAAGAAAUUGCAGCAGGAAACAUUUGAUUUUUCCAAACUGCAGAACGAUUACAAUGCCUUGGCAAAUGAAUAUGCAGAAGUGAAGAGCAAGGUUUCAGCACUGUCUGGUAUGCAACAAUUGGAAGAGGAUGGAGAGGUGCAUGAGCAGGCUGUGAAGGAAAAUGUGAAAAUGGCUUCUGAGAUUGUCAAGUUACAGAGACUGGAGCAAGAGCCAUGGAAACUUUCCAGUUUUGACCAAUCAAAUUCUGAGAUGGAAGAAUCUCAGGUGCAAGACAGGAUAGAGCAAAUUGAGGGUGGUAAUCUCAAAAAUCUGCAAGAUGGUUGUAAAGAGACAGAUCACGGAGCAUACUUGCUUGUUCUUUCAUUGUUGGAGGCUAAAACUAAGGAGCUUGAAGAAAUGGUUGAGGCUUAUUCCAGUCUAGAGAAGAUGUAUGAAGACACUAAGGUAGAGAACCAUGCCCUGAAAAUACAGAUUGGUCAGCUUCUGGAAAAUAUAAUGGUAUUGGAAGCAGAAUAUAAUGAAGCUAAUGACAAGCAGCAAGAUCAGGCUUCCAAAGUGUCUGUGCUGGAAAUGAAACAGACAGAGCUUGAGAAAAUCUUUGAGGCGGUUCCCAAGUUGAAGAUGUUCUAUGAAGAUGUUGAGAGAGAGAAGGGAUGUUUUCAGGAAGAUAGCAAGGUGGCAAAAAUAACAUCUGAUCAUGCUACCGACCAUAAAGUUUCUAGGCUACAGACUGAACUAAAGAAGGCUGAGGAAAUAACUGAAGCUUCUCUUCAACUUGAGCAGGUCUGUGGAGCAACUAAAGAGACUGGAGAGCUGAACAAUCUAGUACCUCAGCUUUGGAAAAAGAUUGAAGAGCUAGAAGAAAGAUCAAGGGCACAAGCUACACUUCUAUCAUUACAGGAAGAAAUCCAGCUAGAAAACAAGGGCCUGAAAUCUGAAAUGAUAAAGUUGUUUGAACAAAAUAAAAAACUUGAAGAGGAUGUACCAAGACUUACAAGCCUGCAGCACAGGUUAGAAGAAAGUAAUCAAGAAAGUGUCAAACUCAGGCAAGAAAAAACACAGCUCCUGGAAAAAGUUAAGGAACUGGAAUAUUCCUGUGACCAAUCUGCACAGGAAAAGAUAGAGAUGCACAGUGAAAACUUAAGACUGCAGCGCAGACUUGGAAAACUGGAAGAACAUACUUUAACGUUUAAAGUCCUGCAAGACAAACAUGGCCCAUGUGAGACCACGAUAAAAGACUUGGCAAUGGAGAAACGAGAGUUACAAGAGCUGAGCAGGAAGCUGAGAGAGAAAGUUACUUCUCUGGUUAAGCAAAAAGACAUGCAUUCUCAAGAAGAAAAAGAGUUGAAUUCAACAAUACAUGAUUUGCAAAGCACAUGUAGUGAGCUGCAGCAAAAAGUUGAACUCCUGAGAUGUGAGGCUGAGAAGCUCAGAGAAGAAAAUGUUAUUCUGAAGAAUGAAAUAACUCUGUUAAAUGAGGAAGGUCGUGUUUCUAACCUGAAACUAAGGGAGCUAAAUGGAUCUCGAGACGAAAUGUGGCAAAAAAUAGAGGCUAUAAGAAAGGAGAAGGUGGCUGUGCAGAAGAUGGCUGACAACUUGAGAAAACAGGUAUCAGAUUUGAAAGCCAGGAACCAGCAGCUCGACUUUGAAAAUGCAGAACUUAGUCAAAAGAAUUCAAAAAACCAAGCAGACGUGCAAGAUCUUAAUCAACGACUGGCAAGAAUCCUCAGGCAAAAAGAAAAGGAAGUGGGAAAGUGUACACUGGAAGAAUGGGAAAGGGAGAGAUCGAAGCUGAAAGAGGAACUGGAAAACUGUCAAGUAAAGUCAUCAACUCUGGUGUCUUCUUUGGAGACCGAGCUGUCUAAAAUCAAGGUUCAAACUCGUUUACUGGAGCAGGAAAACCACCUCCUCAAACAGGAACUAGAGAAGACCAAACAGCUGCCCAGAUGUCCUGAUCUCUCUGACUUCCAGAAUGAAAUUUCUAGUGUAAUAACUAAAAAUGAAAAGCUGCUUAAAGAAAAAGAAGCCCUCAGUGAUGAACUAAACAGAUGUGUUGAUAAGGUAGCUAAAGUGAACUUCUUAGAGAAUGUUAUUGCCAGCUUGAAGCAGGAGCAAAAGUCCUGGGAACAACAAAGUCAGACACUGAAAGGGCAGCUCACAGUCUCCCAAGAAAAGGUCCAGAGUCUAGAUGAAGCUCUACAAAAUAUCAACCUUCAAAUGUCACGGCUAAAAUCAGACCUACGGGUGACCCAGCAGGAGAAGGAGGCUCUGAAACAGGAAGUGAUGUCACUACACAAGCAACUGCAAAAUGCCAAUGAUAAGAAUCGGGUUCUAGAACUGGCUGUGCAUUCCUCAGGGCUGCAGAACCAGCAGAAGAAGCUGCACUGGGAUGAACUCGAGCAGCUGAUUAAACAGGAGCAGCAGCUGCUGAGACAAGAGAAUGAGAGGCUCCAGAGAGAGGUCCAGAACACUAAAACAGAUCUAACUCAUUCCAGGGAGAAGAUCCGGCAGUUGGAAUCUGCGAUCCUUUCCAUGAAGCACCAAAAACAUCAAAGCCAAUCUGGUAUUGUGAAAGCCAUAGAGCAAGAGAAAUUAAGCUUGAAGAGGGAGUGUGAACAGCUUCAGAAGGAAUUGUCUUCUGCUCACAGGAGGAUCAGUCAGAUGAAUUCACUUGAGCGUGAAUUGGAAACCAUCAAUUUGGAAAAUGAAGGGCUAAGAAAAAAGCAAGUCAAACUGGAUGAACAACUAAUGGAGAUGCUACACUCGAGCUCCAAUGUGAUGCUUAGCCAAUCCCAGCAUUCUCGGGAGCUGCAGCAGCUCCAGCAGCAAGGCUGUACUAUGGUGCCCAAGGAGCAGUUCCUGCAACUCCAACAUCAGCUACAGCAGGCAGAGAGGAGGAGUCAACGACUGCAGGAGGAACUUGAAAAUAGACCCUCUGAAACAAACAUGCCACAGGGGGGCCAUGCUCAGCUUCUAAAGAUGAUGGAAGAACGUAUGAUGGAUGUUGAGCAGAAAUUGAAGCUUGUGAAGAGGCUUCUCCAAGAUAAAGUGAACCAACUGAAAGAACAACUUUCCAAGAAUACUAAAGCAGAUGCAAUGGUUAAGGAUCUCUAUGUUGAAAACGCACAAUUGCUGAAAGCUCUGGAGAUGACAGAACAGCGACAGAAAACUGCUGAGAAGAAAAACUACUUCUUAGAAGAAAAGAUUGCCAACCUCAGUACAAUAAUAAAGAACCUGGCAUCACCAUCUUUGAAUUCUACUCCUCAACUAAGGUCAUAGCAAAGCCAUAAGUAUAUUCAGAAGCUCUCUUGCACUUUACUAAAAUGUUAAGAUUUCAACUUCUCACUGUGCUGCCUUUUUGUAUUCUAGAUGUUAGUUAGCAGAUAUCCCAAAGUAGAUAGUUUAAAGUUAAAACCUAAACUGAUAGCUGCCAACAAACUUCUGGUUGUGUUCCUAAACCACCUUCCUGCCCAGUUUUGUCAAAAACUACCCUAUUCAGGAUUGUAGAAAAGACUUGGAUCUGUGAUUCUAUGUAACUUAACUUAUUUUAACUGCUUUAU